CAAAUUUGCACCAAAAUUAAAAAUAAUUGAUCUGCCAUGGGCGAAAAAGACCACCAAUACCAAGUGUUCAUUAGUUUCAGAGGAGAAGACGUACGAAAAACCUUCGUAAGCUUCCUUCAAAAGGAGCUAGAAAGGGGAUGCGUCAAUUACUAUGUCGACACUAAAGAGUUGAAAGGUGAAGUUCUUGACAUCUUUUUUCAAAGGAUCCAAAAGUCGCGGCUCGUGCUGAUCAUCUUGUCGGAAAACUACAUGCAGUCCAACUGGUGCAUCGAGGAGCUGCGCACGACGACUAAGGACAUAAAAGAGUCAAGAAGGAAGGUCAUCCCGAUCUUCUACAAAGUCAAAGUUGCAGAUGUGAAGAACAAAUGGAAAGUCGGCGAACAAGCAAAAGGAGUAAAAGGAAAAGAGACAGUGGAAGAGAGGGAGAAAAACGUGAAGGAAGCUUUGGAGAUUCUUACGACGCAUAUAGGCAUGAGAUCUGACGAGUACAAUUCUGACUGUGACUUCAUCGAGAAUAUCGUCAAGGAAGUAAAGAAAGUGUUGACGAAUAUCGAACUGGAGGAGAAGGUGAAGGCUUCCGUCAAUACCUCGGUAAGAUCUGAAGGUGAUCAGAAGCAAGAUGUAUCUUCUUUGCUCACGGGGAAAAACUUGCCAGGAGAAGGAGAAGAGCUUGAGAGAAAGGAAAAAGUUAAGUUCUUCGGGAUCACGCAACGUCUCCAAAAGCUGCAGGAGAAGUUAGGUAUGCAUGGCAUGAUUUCCAAGGAAACUCUUAUUAUUGGAGUUAUUGGGAUGGCUGGUAUUGGUAAAACCACAAUCGCACACAAGUUGUUUGAGGAGGGAAAAAACAAGUUCCAUCGAAGAAUGUUUUUCGAUGAUAUUGAUAAAACCUCAAAGGAAGAAGGGCUUACUGAAUUGCGGGUUAGACUUCUGAGAAAGCUUUUGAAGAAGACAGAUAAGACGAUAACCGAAGAGACCACACAUGAAUCCGUGGAGACAGAGCUACUUGAUAGCAAUGUUUUUCUUGUCCUAGAUAACGUAAGCAACAAGAAACAGCUAGAGUAUCUUCUCGGAAACAGAAGGUGGAUUAGCCAAGGCAGCAAGGUUGUUAUUGUGACAAGUGAUAAGUCAUUGGUGGAGGAUAUUGUGAAUGAUACUUAUGUUGUCCCAGGAUUGAACGAGAAGGAAGGGUUGGAGUGUUUUUGUUAUCAUGCCUUUGGUCACCACAAAGUCCAUGAAGAAAGUUUGAUGAAGCAAUCAAGAGAGUUUGUGGAUUACGCUAGAGGAAACCCAUUAGCUCUCAAGGUACUUGGACCGGAGCUUCGUGGUAGAGACAAGGCUCACUGGGAAGCCAAGCUACGUCAACUCGCACAUAGUCCAAGCAAUGUGUUGAAUGUGAGUUACGAUGGUCUUAGCCAGCAACAAAAGGAAGCAUUUCUUGAUGUCACUUGUUUCUUCAAAUCAGAAAAUCAUAAGUUUGUGACAGCUUUGGUCAAUUCUGAGCCCGACAAGGGUAGUAGUGAAAUCAAAGAUCUAGCAGACAAGUUCCUGAUAGAUAUCAUUGGUGGCCGCGUAGAGAUGCAUAAAUUACUGUAUACACUGGGUAAGAAACUAGCUUCCAAACAGAAAAAGAGGCUAUGCAACCAUCAAGACAUUAUCGGAGUGUUAAAGAAAAACAUGGGGAAAAACACUAUAAGUGGUAUCAGAGGUAUGUUUUUGGACAUGUCUGAAGUAGGGAAAGACACAGCAUUAAGCAAAGAGGCUUUUGAUGGGAUGGACAGUCUCCGAUACCUCAGAAUCUAUGACUCUCGUUUUCCUCAAGGAUAUGAAGCUGCUGGCAACAAAUUAAACUUCUCAAAUGGAGUUAAGUUACCGUUACAAAAAAUCAGGUAUCUCCAUUGGCUGAGAUUCCCAGGGGAAGAUCUUCCACAAGACUUUAACCCAAAGAAUCUUGUUGACCUCAAGCUGCCUUACAGCAAGAUUAAACGGCUUUGGGAUGGUGUUAAGGAAACAUCAAACUUAACAUGGGUCGAUCUCAGCCACUCAAUCGACCUUAACGACUUGUCGGGCUUAUUUGGAGCUCAAAAUCUUCAAAGAUUGAACCUAGAAGGCUGCGCACAGCUUAAAGUAUUAGACGCGAGGAUGGAAAACUUGACAAGCCUUGUUUUCCUGAAUCUGAGAGGCUGCUCAGGUCUUGUAUCAUUGACAGAUAUGAAUAUGGAGUCUCUAAAAACACUCAUCCUCAGUGAAUGCUCCAAUCUCGAGGAGUUUCAAGUAAUAUCAGAACAGCUAGAAGCAUUAUACUUAGAUGGAACAUCCUUAAAGGCACUUCCUCCAUCGAUGAUCAAGCUCCAAAAACUAGUUUUGUUGAAUCUCAAGGACUGCACAAAGCUAGCGACCUUGCCCGAUUGUCUUGGAAAUAUGAAAGCUCUUCAAGAAGUAAUACUCUCAGGCUGUAAGAAGCUGGAGAACUUUCCUGAUCUGCAAGAGAACAUGAGACGGUUGAGGAUAUUUCUGCUUGAUGGAACAUCAAUAAAAGAGGUGCCAAAGCUAUUGCAAAACCCUGGCCCUUCAAGAUGGCCACACCAUGGUGGUGCCAAAGGCUUCCCCUUGUUGAGACACCUCAGCUUAAGAGGAAAUGAUUACAUCCAAAGCCUGCAACCUGACAUUGGUGAUCUUUACCAUCUAAAAUAUAUUGACUUGAAGUUCUGCAAGAACCUUGUAUCUGUCCCGACACUCCCACCAAACCUUCAAUGCUUAAAUGCACAUGGCUGUGAGUCACUGACAACAUUGGGAAACCCACUUGCCCAUCUUGUUCUAACAGAUCAAAUCCAUGCCACACUCAUUUUCUCAAACUGCAACAAACUGGAUGAAGAUGCAAAAACUUGUAUUGUUUCGUACAUUCAGAAGAAGAGCCAGUUGAUGUCAGAUGCUCUUGAUCGCUACAAUUUGGGCUCUGUUGUGGAAUCUUUUGUUGGAGCAUGCUUUCCUGGAUGUGAAGUACAUGCAUGGUUGAGUCACCAAGCCUAUGGAUCAGUGAUAGUACUACCAGAACUGUCACGACACUGGAGAAACAAUAGGAGCACUGGUGUAGUUCUAUGUGCAGUUGUCUCGUUUACUGAUUACCAAGAUCAAAACCAUCAUGUACUUGUGAAAUGCAUCUGUGAAUUCAAGACUGCAGAUGGGUCUUUGAGGCAGUUUAGUUGCACAGUAGGAGGAAAUCAGCCGCUGAAGAUCAAAUCAGACCAUGUGUUUAUUGGAUACUCGAGGUGGUUGCAGAUCAAAGAAAAGGAAGCAGAGGAUGGUAAAAAGGAUUAUAGUUGUAGUGAUGAUGAUCAGGCUUCUCUUAGAUUUGAAGUGAUAGAUAGUAAAGGCGAGCUGGUGAAGAAUUGUCAGGUGAUUAAGUGUGGUUUCAGUUUGGUCAAUGAAUCUGAUGAGGCUGAAAGUGUUUCUUGGGAGGUGAACUCUAUUCACACCGGUCCAAGGAUGGGUGAUAACAGCAACCAAGGUGAAGCUUCAAAGAUGGAAGUGAUCAACCAACAAGGAGAAACAAGAUCAAUGAGUAAUAACAGCACUGAUGGUGUAUCUGCUGAUCAAGAAGAGAGCGGGAUGAUGAUUGUUAAAGAAGAAGCUUUGAGGAUGCAAGAUAUGAGCCAACAAAGAGAAACAAGUUCCAUAAUAGGUAAUAAUAAUAAUAAUAAUACCAUUGGUGUGUUGAUGUUGCCAGACGAUGGCGAACUAAUUGAUGAAUCUCAAAGGAUGGAAGAGAUCAACCAAGAAGGAGAUACAAUCUCGAUAGAUGAUGUAUCAAUGUUGUCUCAGGAUUCAGAGGAAAGUGACGAAUCAGAGAUUCAUAAACAAGAUGAAACAAACUCUUGCUUAUCUUCAGAAUACCAAGAGGAUAGCUAUGCGCAGGAGGAAUCUGGUAGUGUCACAGAAAACACAAGUGUGCAGAUGAAACCUGUUAGGUUUCUUUGGCUUAUCCUCUCCAUUUCUGCUGGAGCUGCUCUUAUCAUGGGAAAGACAAAGAGAUGAAGACUGCGAUUUUUUUCAUUAUUCUCUGUAAUAAUCUUUUGUAUUAUUAAAAAGAGAAACAACGAUGGAGAUUAAUAUUGAAAUGUAGUGAAAUGUUUUCCCUCAUAUUAUUUUCUUGUGUCUACUUUCCUCAAACAAAUU